AUGUCUACCGAACCUACAAAUGUCGAUUUAAACUCAUUACCUCCACAAAAGUUGGUUGAGUUUCGUAAAUCUAUAGAUGAAGAAAUUACCCAUUUCACACAAUCCUUGCAAGCAUUGGCAGCAGCACAGUCAAAGUUGAAAGACUGUAUUUCUAGUAUAAAUAACUUGGAACAAUCCAAAGAAGAUAAUUUAUUAGUUCCCUUAACAAGCUCCUUAUAUAUACCUGGUCAGGUGGUAACAAGAAAUCGAUACUUGGUAGAUAUAGGUACAGGUUAUUAUGUUGAAAAACUGGCAAAGAAAGCUAAAUUAGGUUACGACAAGAAAAUCAAAAAAUUGGAUGAAGAUGCUAAGAAGUUAAAGGGUAUUCUAGUGCAAAAGAACGAGUUGUUAAACACUGUGAAUUUGAUUUUAAGAAAAAAAGUAAUCGAAAUGGAGAAACAGCAAGAGGGACCAUCAUCGGCAGAUGCAACUAAUUGA